AUGAUUGCUGAAGGAACGCAUUAUAUAAAACGAAGAGUAAGAUCUGGAGCUGUAGAUGCACAUCCAACAGAACCUGCUAUUGUAGUAAAUUAUGAACUAGAUGCAUUUGUUCUUGGUGAAAAUGGAGAACCUGUAAUAGGCGAUCAUAAGGAAUGUCAAAAAGUAAUACAUUUAAAAAGUUUGAAUAGUAAUACAGAUUGUAGAGCAUUGGCAAAAGAAGUAAUACAUAAAUGUAACCUUAUACACGAAACCAAACUAUAUGAUGUAGAGCAUUUAAUUUACUAUUUGCAAACUCGCUCAACUGCAAAUAACAAAAUUAAAGAGGACAAAAAUCAAUUGGGGUUAGAAAGUAGUCCAUCUAGUAUAUAUCACAUAUGUGGUUUAAUGCCAGAAGAUAAAGCAAGUUUGGCUAAAAUUGAUGAAUAUAUUGAAAUGUUAUAUGAUGAUAUGCCUCAAAAAGUUCGUGGGUCUGGAUUCAUACUGAAAGUAACCUGUGAUAAAGAUAACCUUGAAGAACUAUCAUCAUCAGAGCCAACCAUGAGCGCUUUAGCAAGAGUUCUUCGAGAAGAAUAUCGCAAGAGUUUUGAACUUAGUUCAAAUAUAAUAAACAUAUUUCUUUGUUUUUCUGCUUAUAAAAUAUUUCAUAAAAUGCUCAUUGACCACAAAAUUUGUUUGUUGUGUGUUGAAGUGCUAGAAUAUGAAUUGAAUCGUUAUGAUAAGCUUAAAAGUCAAAUAGUAAGUGCUCCUCGUGAAUCCAAACCAUCAAAAGUACCAACACCUUCAAAACUGCCUGUUCCUAGAAGUGCUCCUAUAACAUCUAAAAUUGUUCGAAGCCAAAUACCUGUAAGUGCUAGUACUAAUAGUGACAGUCGAAGGCAUUCUGCAUCUUUUGAAAGUGCAAAACAAACUGUAAAAGAUAAGACCCAAAAAUCUUUAGACACCAAUAGUAUAAAAACAGGAAUAUCGGCUAGAAGUCCAGAUGAAUUAGCAGUCCACCAGCUUAGAAGAAACUUAUUUAAAUUAGGAAAAAAUCAGGAUCAAGCAUUAAAAGGUGCUGUUGAACUAAUAUAUAACUUAACAAUUGAUAAAACUAUGGAAGAAAAAGUUGUUCGCAAAGGCAUUAUAAAGUUAUUAUGUCUUUUAUUAGAUAGAACAAGUACUGAUUUACUUUUAAUGAGUAUUAAAUUAUUAAUUCAAUUAUCAGUUUAUAAAGAACAUGUAGAUAAAAUGAAAAAAUAUUCAAUUGUUGAAAAAUUACCCAAAAUGUUCAUGAUGAAAAAUUCCAGUCUGGAAAAUUAUACUAUUAAAUUUUUAUACAAUUUAUCAUUUGAUGUAACACUUAGUGAUGAGAUUUUAAAAGUUGGACUCCUACCAAAAAUAACAGAAUUAAUAGGCACAGAAGAGAGUAGUGAAUUGGUAUGCAGGCUAUGUUACCAUUGUAGUAUGGACGAUCGAUCUAGAGCCUUGUUUUCACAUACAAAUUGUUUAUCAAAGAUUGCAGAUUUAUUAUUAACAUUUAAUCAGUACAAUUUAAUAUUGGCUGCAUUAUGCACAAAUUUAACUCUAAAUGAACGAAAUUCACAACUUUUAAUUGAAAAACAAGGUUUGAAACCUUUUGUACAGUUAGCUAUUGAUACAUCAGACUUAAUGUAUUUUAAAAUCCUUCACAACAUGUCUAGUCAUGAGUCUUUAAAACCUCAAUUUGUAGAACUUAUUGGACAUUUUGCUCAUUUAGUUACUAUAUUAAAAGAUAUUGAAUGCAUAAUCGAAUGUGUUGGAAUUAUUGCUAAUGUAAACGUUCCAGAAGUAGAUUUUAAAGAACUUUUGGAGUCAAAUAAUUUAAUUUCAUGGAUGGUACAAUUUGUGAAUAGUGCAUGUAAACCAAAUCAAACUGUAACAGAUGCAAGAUUAUUGAUAGAAGUUAUUAAACUAUUGGGUACUGUAUCAAAGGAUGAAAACUGUGGUGAAUUACUGUAUGAACAUGGAACAAUUCAACAAGUUAUUAAUUUAUUAAAAAAUCAAAAGGGAGAUGACGAAUUAGCAAUACAAAUUAUGUACCUUCUAUAUCAACUUAUGUGUCAUCCAAUUACAGGAGAUUAUAUUAUACAAAAUACAGAAUGUCCAAUUUAUAUAAUCAAUUUAAUGCAUGAUCCAAACAUUCGAGUUCGUAAAAUGAGCAACUACUGUCUUGAUAUUAUUAAGGAAUUUGAUGAAAUGUGGACUAAAAAAAUAAGAGCUGCAAAGUUUUGCUGGUUUAAUGCUUAUUGGUUAAAUAUGAUGAAAAAUGAAUGUGAUGUGCCAAGUAUAAAGCCUAAAUAUGACCCUAAUAAUGAAAUAAAUUUAUACAGUUAUGUACAUCAAGCAAUAUUGAUGCCCGAAGAUGAUUUUAUGUAUGAUAAAGAUGAUAAUAUUGAGAUAAUGUCAACAAAAUCACACACCAAUAGUAGUCGGCCAGAAAGCAGAAAUCUAGAAGAUAGAUUUGACUAUGAACUUGAUGCAUUCAAUGAAGAGCAGUACAACAUUGAUAAUUAUGAUGAUGAUAUGACAAGUAUUGGUGGACAUUUGAUGCAAAAAUUUACAAACAACAUUAUUCAUUUUACAGAUUAAUUUUACUUUUUUUUCCUAUUUUGUUAUGUUACCAUGUUUCACUUUAUUCAUAUUAAAAUUUAUUAUUACAUCUAAAAUUAACGUUAUUAACCAUCUAAAUUAGUGGAAAAGGCUAAAAAAUAACUACUAAUUAUGUAAUUUCACAUUAUUUUGCAUAAAUCGAUAUUUAAUUAAUAAUUAUAUAGCCAAUAAAAUAAUCACUAUAACAAUAUUAUAAUAAUAUUUAUGUCAAAUAAUUAAC